ACGAGACAUUAUACUUGUGUAUAGCACUGUAUAGCACUAGAGCUCAUCAAAUGAUUCAGUGACGAGCAGCCAGCACUGAGCUCAGCAAGUCUGCUCCUCUUCGUGCACGGAUCAGCUCGAAUUGUGCGUGUGUGUUUGUGUGUGUGUGUGUGUGUGUUGUUGUGUGUUUGCGUGUAUAAAUGCGAGUCUCGAUUCAGCUGUGACUAGCGACGCAUCAAUAAUACAGCUUAUACAUGUAAAGCGUGUAUAUGCUUGUUAACUACUCGUACGCGCAUUUAACGAAUUUUGUGUUGUGUGUAUUUCGUACGUGAAGCGACUUUUUCUCUCGAGCUGGUCAAGUGAAACGCGCGUUUACAUGUGCAUGUUGUUGUAAAAGGAGGACUUCGAGGCUUGCUUGCUGCACGUCCAAGUGGCGAGUUCUGUUUAUCCCAUCCUUGCAUUGUGUUUUCUGGAUCUCAUCCGAGGCCAAGUCAGCAAUAUAUAAUACACAUAUAUAUCGUUAAACGUGUGGUAGCCAACGAAACCGUUGGUCUAAAGCAGCGAGCUGUCGUUUUUGCGGAACGUCGCCGUCGGCCGAGUUGCCAAAAGGACCAAGAGACAGUCUUCGUCGCUUCAUCAUCAUCAUAAUCAACCACUACUGUCACAAACAGCAGCUACAACAAUUGCGCGCGAGAAAAUGGCCGACUCAUGGAUGAGAAAUGUCAAUUGCCGAUUUUUCAAAAAUGGAAACUGCAGAGAUGGUCCUAUCUGCAGGUUUAAGCAUGUCAUAACUGCACCAAGAAGUGAUACUUCUAUGAAUGAAUCUAAUGUUUCGGAAGACACAGGUUAUUGUGAAUUUUUCAAACAGGGCACAUGUAGAUAUGGUAAUAGAUGUCAUUUCAUUCAUGGAUCUCCUAAUAACCAGUCAGGAAAUUCUAGCACUGAUUCAACUAGUAAAUCUGAAGGAUCAAAUGAAGUACAAGUUUUGGAGAAAGCAAUGAGCAUAGUUGAUGCAGAGUGGGCCAAUGCACCAGAAUUUAUUCCAUCAGCAUCAAAUUCUUCAAUUAAUACAUCAUUAGAAGAAUAUUGCGCAUCAGGAACAUCUGAAACACCUUUAACAUAUGCUCAAGCAUUAAAUCCUUCGUCAGGACAGCAGUCACAACUUCCGUCUUCGUUGGAUCCUCUAUGUCCUUAUGCUGAGGCAACAGGUGUCUGUAAAAAAUCAAAUUGUCCGUAUGUCCAUGGUGAUAUUUGUGACAUGUGUACUAGACCAGCUCUUCAUCCCGCUAAUGAAGAACAACGAAAAAAGCAUCACAAUGCUUGCUUGAAACAACACGAACUCAAUAUGGAACUGUCAUUCGCAAUUCAAAGAAGUCGAGAAAAAUCAUGUGGUGUUUGUUUUGAAACAAUAAUGGAAAAAUCAACAAGAGAACAAAGGUUUGGAAUUCUACCUAAUUGCAAUCACUGUUUUUGUCUUUCGUGUAUUCGAAAGUGGCGAAAAGCAAAACAGUUUGAAAACAAGAUCAUCAGAGCAUGCCCAGAAUGCCGAGUACCUUCUGACUUUGUAUGUCCAAGUAUGUUCUGGGUAGAUACGAAAGAAGAAAAAGAUAAAUUAAUAACAGAUUACAAGGAAGCUCUUAGUACCAAAGAUUGCAAAUAUUUUAAUAAAGGUAGUGGAAAGUGUCCAUUUGGUAAUAAAUGUUUUUAUCUUCACGCUUUGCCUGACGGCACGAAAACCGACGUGGGUCCUCCAGCACGAAUGCGUCGAAAUGCAGAUAAUGACCUUGAUUUCUUACGUACUUUGUUUUUGUUCGACUUCUUGGAUGAGAGAGAAGGAGUGUAUUAUGAUUUUCAAGAUAUCAUAAACAUGGUUUCAGACUCUGAUUCAGAAACAUGGUCUGAGUAUGAUGGAUAUGAUCUGUCGUCUUACUUUGAUUAGUUAUCUCUUUGCUAGAAUAUUGCCAGGAUCGGAAAAUUAUAAGCAGCCUUCGUUUUGUCUAAAAGACUACAUAGCGUAAGGAAAAAAUAUCAAGAAGUUUUAACCACCUUUGUUGCUAUAAUCUACUUAAUGAAACUUUCGAUUACUGGAUUCACUGUUUAUAUAAAGAACUCGUACCACUAUAAAAGCAAAUAGAAUUAAUCCAUUUGGUUUAAUUUGAAAGCACGACAUGCUUUUUCAAAGCGCUCACUUCGAAAGACUUUAAAAGGAAUGAAUCAAAUGAUAUCGCAUCGCUAUAGGAGAAAACUUAAAAAAUUUGCUAAAUGGACUUGUAAUGGUGCCUGCCUGCUGUGUAAUCUGUUUUUAAUAUGAUAAAUCGUUGACGUUGUUAUUAGAAUGUUGAAUUGUUAAUUAUCUCGAAGGAACGUAUAAAUCAUUAUUUAUUUAUUUUUAUAUAUGAAAAUUUACGGCGAUACCUGAUGUGUAAUUUUUGUACGGAUUAUUUUUCAUGCGAACAUAUAUACAAAGAUUACGUGAACUUAUGUUCCCUUCGAAAAAAAUCAGUGGCAGGCUGACAUUAGGUUCAAUCUCGAAUUAAAAAAAAUUAAUACCGUUAGAGAAAAAAUAAGAGGCUUGUUCACCUGUCGGUGUUUUGAGACGACUCUUAAAUUUCAUCGUCCGCUGACUUUUUAGGAUAAUGAAUUAUUCUUAAUAUGAUAAAAAAAUAUGUAAACUGAUUUAAUGAAUUAAAUCAGCAAACCAGUCAAAUUUUUGCUGACUGCUAGAUACGCGUAUUAUAAGCGUCCUUCGGCAAAAAAUACUGCGAACGUUUUUUAGCACAUUUCCAGAAAUAUGAUUAUAAUUAAAUUAAUGUUAUUACUUGGGCUGGGUAACAAUACAUCUAAUAUCUGGCUAAAAUUAUUGUUAAUUUAUAAAAUUACUUAUUGCUUGAAGGACCAGGAAUAAAUACAAAAAUGAUUUGGCAUAAGAUCUGUUUUUUACGAUAACAUAUAUUUUUUUUUGUCAUUAAAAAAAUAAAGUAAUUUGUAUUAUCUACGAUAAA